GAAUCCGGUUCAAGGAAAGGGUCCUCGGUUCACCUCUCAAAACAACAGCGUCAAUAAAGAGAAGACUAGACGAGACAAGACUGGGAAGCAAAGCAGUAAAAAUCUCAAAAAAACUGAACGAGAAAGACAAGCAAAAUUCGAGCAAGAAAAAUCAAGCAGGGAGAUGGAAGAGGAUAACAGCAGUAGCAGCGCUAAUUUAGAAACAUCAAAGGCAGACAGAUCUGUUUGGUUGAUGAAGUGUCCAGUAGUGGUUGCGAAGUCAUGGAAAAAUCAUACCUCCCCUUCUUCUUCAGAUUCUGCCCCUCUUGCUAAAGUCGUUCUCUCCCUCGAUCCUCUCCAAUCUGACGAUCCCUCUGCUCUUCAGUUCACUAUGGAGAUGGCUCGCACCGAGACUGGGAAUGUACCGAAGAGUUAUUCUUUGAAUAUGUUUAAAGACUUUGUUCCUAUGUGCGUCUUUUCUGAGACACCUCAAGGGAAGGUCGCCAUGGAAGGAAAAGUGGAACAUAAAUUUGACAUGAAGCCCCAUGAGCAGAACAUUGAGGAGUAUCAUAAAUUGUGCCGUGAAAGGACGAAGAAAUCUAUGGUCAAGAUAAGACAGAUACAGGUGAUUAAUAAUGACCGUGGAGUUCACAUGAGGCCCAUGCCUGGAAUGGUUGGCUUGAUUUCAUCUAGCUCCAAGGAUAAGAAGAGAACACAACCAGUUAAACAAUCGGACGUUAAGAGAACCAGGAGGGAUCGUGGGGAAUUGGAAGAUAUCAUGUUCAAGUUAUUUGAAAGACAACCAAAUUGGGCCUUAAAGCAGCUUGUUCAAGAAACAGAUCAACCUGCGCAAUUCUUGAAAGAGAUACUGAAUGAGCUGUGUGUGUACAAUAAGCGGGGAACAAACCAAGGAACCUAUGAACUUAAGCCAGAAUAUAAGAAAACUGUUGAGGAUACAGGUGCUGAUUAAUCUUCUCAUCUAUAUUUGUAUGGUUGAAACUUUACCAUUUUUCUCCUGACAGAUAUAGGUCAGUAGCAAACCUUUAUGGAAGGAGACCAUAAAAAAAAAAUUAAAAAAAAAUG